UGUUGUAGUCCGCCGUUCGCUGGCCUUUUUGGCAAAGGCGAAUAGGUGGUUCGAAAGGUUUUUAAAGGGUUUUUGUGGUCCGCGGCCCAUCGUCCCGGUUAACCGCGUUUGGUGUGUCCGCGGAGAAAAAAGCAUUUGGAUGAACCGCACCGCGACCAGGAUUCAGCGGGAUCGUGGCUUUUCGCAUGAUGAUGGUGGUCUAAAAAUCGUUGGCUGUGUGCUUGUAAUGAAAGCGUCACCGAAUCGGUAGGGAAAAAGAAGAAUUUAUAAAUGUACGACAGGACUGAAUUCAAAGACGAUCAAACCAAAGCAAGAAGAAAUCGUGGCGGGUUUUCGCAACUAUAGCACCUCGGAAUUCUGUAAUGCACGCAAAUGUGCAUACAGAUCGGGCCGGGGGCGGCGGAGGAUCGUGGCGCCUGCCGCCAGAUGAAACAUUGCAGGUGGCCGACCCGAAACAGAAGGAAGAACAGGAUUUAUUUCCUGCCGAAGGACACAACUGGAGAAGCAUUGUGUUUUCGCUGCUAGUGAUAGGAUUUGUCAUAACCGGUAUAAUAACGGCGAUAUAUCUGCUUGGCUAUGUUGACGAACUACUCUACUGGUCGGGCAGGCGGAUGAAGUUGGACGAGUUUCUGCAGAAAGAUAUAACUCCUCAGAGGCUACCGUCGGUGUGGAUCAACAAUCAGAAAUUUGUAUUCCAGGCGGAUGAUGGAGGCCUUGCUGUUUUCGACACUGCCACCAACAGUGUAGCCACGCUAGUAACAAAUCAUACCUUGAGACAAAUUAACGUUAAAGGCUACCACUGUUCUCAUGAUUUGAAGUAUGUUCUGUUUAAGCACAAUGUAAAGAAGCAUCAUAGGUUAUCUUUCACGGCUUUGUAUACUGUGUAUGACGUAUCCAAUGACCAUCAUAUGCCGGUACGAUUGAAAGAAUCCCCCAAGGUUCAACGUGCCCGCCUUCAGCAUGCGUCCUGGGCCGGCAAUACUACCGCAAUGAUAAUAGUGGCCGAGAACGAUAUAUACUUGAGACAAUCACCAUCAGACGAAGAGGUUUAUCGCUUAACUUUCACCGGAGAAGAGAACAGAGUCUAUAAUGGUGUACCUGACUGGUUAUAUCAAGAGGAGAUUUUUGAGUCUUUUAGUGCUUUAUGGACCUCAGUAGAUGGCACGCACCUCAUGUACGCCACGUUUAACGACUCGCGAGUUGGCAUGAUGACUUUUCCUUGGUUCACGUCGAACACCGUAAUUGCGGCAAGCGGCGAAGGCAACCGUGAGCUUUUCCCCGUGUCGAAAACUAUACGCUACCCAACACCGGGCUCGGUCAACCCAGACGUAUCGCUGUGGGUGAUGGAUAUAAGUAAUGUAAGCAAUAUACGAAAAUGGGAAGUAAUCCGUCCAGCUGCACUCGAAGGACAAGAACACUAUCUUAUAUCAGCUAGCUGGGUAGGCAACGUGAACGAACACGUGUCGGUGGUGUGGAUGACACGCUCGCAAAACAUUACGGUGGUAUCAUCCUGCUACAGCCCCACGUGGAAAUGUGUCGAGCAUCAUUCGGAGCGGGCACCGGAAAACGAAUGGCUGGAUAUAUUACCUCAUCCGAUAUUCUCACCCGAUGGGGACAGCUUUUUGUUUAUGGCGGGCAUUCAGGAAACCGGCACGGAACAUUUCACCCACAUCAAGCACAUCACAAUCACACAGCAGCGAAUGGCUGUGAUUUCCCACGGUCGCUACGAGGUGAUCCGCAUUCUGGCCUGGGAUACGGUUAACCAUCUCGUCUACUAUUUGGGCACGCACGAGAAGAAACCCGGCCAGCAGCAUCUGUACGUGGUGAAGGAUCCGGUCAGUGAGGAGUUGCGCAGAACGGAACCGACCUGCAUCACGUGCGAUCUCAGUGAUGUGCUGUGGGGUAGCCGAUACUAUUACAGCAACUGCUCGUACUUCGAUGCGUUCGUCAGCUCACAGCCGUACGUUUCGCAACACAGCGGGAUAUCGUUCUACAUACUCGAAUGUAAAGGUCCCGGUCUUCCGCUAGCUGUGGUACAUGCCGCCCAUAAUCACAAGCUGAUGCGUGUCCUGUACGAUACGAGACCGUUCUACGCGAGCAAGCUACAGGAGUUGGCCCUACCGUCGCAACGCUCGUUCGAGAUUCCGCUGCCGCACGGUACGCGAGCAGCAGUUCAGCUGCUACUGCCACCGAGCUGGCGAGAGGAGCUCCGCGAUGCCGCAUUUCCAGUGCUGGUUGAGGUUAAUGGUAAGCCCGGAUCGACGUCCGUGUCGGAAGAGUUCAAAAUUGACUGGGGCACGUACAUGUCCAGCCACAACGACGUAGUGUACAUACGGUUGGAUGUGCGCGGUGCACGGGGACAAGGCAAACAAGCGUUGUAUCGCCAUCUCGGCGGUGUAGAGGUGCAAGAUCAAAUCGCCGUGCUGCGGUAUCUCCUGGACACGCUGAAAUUUCUCGAUGAAACUCGUGUCGGUGUUUGGGGCUGGGGCUAUGGUGGAUAUGUCACUGCGAUGAUUCUCGGUUCACAGCAACACGUCUUCAAAUGUGGCAUCUCGGUAUCGCCCAUUACGGACUGGUUGUACUACAAUUCCAUAUUUACCGAGCGCAUCCUCGGCGUGCCGGCCGAAAACUACAAAGCGUACGUCGAGGCGGACGCCACACAAAAGGGGCGCCAAAUUCCGUCAUACUCGUACUUCCUCAUUCAUGGCCUAGCCGAUGUAACUGCACCGUACCAGCACGGUAUACAGCUCGCCCGUUCCCUUUCCGAGUCUGGGACGAUAUUUCGAUAUCUGAGCUACGCCGACGAAGGUCACGAUCUUACCGGCGUAAUUGAGCACGUGUACCGUUCGAUGGAGGAUUUCCUGCGGAACUGUCUGUCGCUCGACUCCGACGAAGACAAACCAAGCGAAGCUAACGUGCCCAAUGAGUAAAGCGUGUGCAAGCUAGGGUGAACCAAAACAGUGAAGAAAAAAAACAACAAAACAAACCAAAAACGGGCAAAAACAAUUCAUAUAAAUGUUGUGUGAGACUUGUUUACACUCUGCGUUAGGUAACGAAAUUGUUGUGUUUGUGUUGUAUAGUUUAGUUGUACGCGCGCUAGCCGAAAUUUUGCAAACAACAACAACAAGAAAAAGAAAACUUUAUUGCCUAAAUGCGACUUCGAAUGGCCGUGUGUCUCUCUCACCACAUUAUUAGAUGGACAGUACAGUAACUGAUAGGUUCUAAAUACAUAGACAUAUCAGAGAAAUAUGGUAAAAUAGUGCAGCAAAAGAGAACAAAACGAAAUAAGCAACACGUACAAGAGAUACCUGCAUGAUACCGGCAGAGUACAUCACGGGAAAAUGGUCAAUAAUGCAAACAAAAUGAAACGGCAAGCAAAUAAUACGCGGCGGUCAAUGGGAUACUCUAUUUUAUAGCAGUGAAUGCUGGCGUUAAGAACAUCUAACUAUAAAAGCAAAUGGCAAUCGAAGCGAAUGAUACUACCGUUCGAAGUAUACACGUUUAAGGAGCUUUCGGAAGAGACAAUGAAAAUGGACGCAUAUGCGUAUUUGCGAAACAAAAAACAGCGACAUACAAACAUACACCUACACACAUACAAAAAUAUAUAAACUGAAAACUAAAGUCAUCCAAUGGCAAACUGGGUAUAUGCAGGAAGGUUAAAUACAUUUAAACAAACAAAAUCGAAGAAAGUAAGCGAGAGCGUGGAACGUGUGUGAGGUAAGCAAUUACAAAAGAAAAAAAAACAAGAGAGAGAGAGAAAAGCAAAGCAAAACAAAAAUCAAAUGAAUUGAUUAACGAAAACUGAAACAGUCCUAUACUUACAAUAACGAAACUGAUGAGUGAGUUUUUUCGUCUCCUUUAAAACCGUCUAUUUAAGUGUAAAAUGGUAGCAAAAUCAAAACAAAACAAUCGAAAUCGAAAACUAAAACAGCGAAUCAAAACCAACACAUGGCACCACCAACCAAGAAACAAACAAACAAACAAACACUGCAAAAAUAGCAAAAAGAACAAACAAUACAGCAAAACAACAAUUACAACCAUUAACAUAGCUCUUAGGUGUGUGCAACCGGGCGCACAACACUGUGUCUACGAAUGCGGCGGUACGCCCAGGAUUUAGUUACAUUAUUCUCGCUAAGUAUAAACAUGGUAUAAACACGCUUAAACAUACAGCCGCCACCGUGGGUGGGUUUUGUCGUUUUAGGUUAUGUGCGUAACUCACGACUCACAUAUUCGGCAUCGGCACACUCACUCCGUACGCAACGCGUGUGUGCAACAGAGCUCAAAAUGGCAAGGACCUUCUUCCAGAUUGUUAUUCCCGGCUUAAUUAGCGCAUGCAUGUAUUAAAAAUGUGGGCCCUUUGCGGGGGGCGAUGACAUUGAGAGUGAGAGAGUCCCCCAAAUUCCCCCCUCAUCCAACCACCCACCCCACCCCACCCCCCGUGAGCCACAUUCAACAGCUGCAAUUAAGAACUCAGAUGGUUAGAACAACGUGUAACACCGCAAACAAAUGUAACAAAAUGUACCGCGUACGUACACACAAUUAGAUACGGUCGAGGUGUAUGUAUAUGUGUGUGUGUGUGUGUGUGGUGAAUUCGGUGGACUGCGUAGAUGUGCGUUAUGUUGUGAAAGGAUGCUCGGCUCUGUUGUAUGUCGGUGUGGGCAUUAGGCAAACGCCAGGAACGGAGGAGCAGUGUGGAGCAGAGUGUAACAAAAUCGAGGAAUUUUCAUAGUUAUUUCACGUCAUAGUUGUUAGAAUUACAGAAGAGCAAUCCAGCAGUAAAAAACAAAGAAAAAAAACAAUGAAAUUAAACAAAAAAACCCAGACGAUAACAAACGAUAAUUAAGCAAUUAUGUCGAAGUGAUGAUGAAGCGAAGCAGAGCAGAAUGUGCAUAAUGUGCCGCAACCAGGAGGGAAAUCCAAAAAACCUCGUGCUACGCGCGUGCAAUACUCCCGGCAGAAGAGACAUGUGCAAAAUGUCCCCUCCACGUGUAAAAUAUAUUCAUCGAAACGACUACUUCUAGUUUGCGCUGCGCAUAAAAGUCAUAAAGGAAACUGUUUUCGUCCACCACGGGCUGCAAAGGAGUGCACUGCAGAAAAUGGCGCGACAAAGGAAUACACAAAUACGCAAAACAGAUAUUUAAAUGCAUGGCGAUGGCGCGCGCCUCAAUAGUUUAGGGUGACGGUACUGCAAUACGUUAACAUUGCUUACCAUUGGGCUCUCUUUGGGUUUGUGCUAGAGUACGGUGUGCGAACGCAGGUAUUGGUUUGUGGUUGUGUUCGUUGCCGUAAGGAAAUAACUCCCAAGAAGUCUUCGCAAAAUAGUGUAACAAAAAAUUCUUCCUCGGUGCUUUCCGCGCAAUUUAAAUUGUGGUAGUUACCGGUACAGUUGUGCCGGUAUCCUAUUAGAAAAGGGGAUACAAAAACUGCAUUUUUUAUGCAUUGAAUUUGUUAUUGUGCGUCUUCCUUGUACUUGAUGAGUGAUUUUUGUUUUCUUCCUUACUUUGAUGUCGAAUUUUUGCUCGAUUUGAAAUGUUCUACGUGCAACGUGUUUGGGUUAGUGUUACUUUAAAGCUGAACGGCAAUCCACAGUACGAUUCACGAAGCUAGAGGUAGAACCGCUUCUCGAUAUACUAAUAAACGGUGUGAUUAAAAAUUUCCACACAAACACAUACACAGUAAAUGAAAAAAAAAACAAACAAAUACAGCAAACAUCGCAAGCGAGUAAGUAGACGUAAAACGAUAGCAUGCAUGGAGGGAUUACAUGCCUGCAUACAUACAAACACCGUACACUGAAACACAAAUAGGAAAAUUGAAAAUAAUUGUUGUGCCAUUCUAUUGUAUAACAUGAGUAACACAAGCGCUAGAAAUUUAAACACGUCAAACAAACAAAAAAAACAAACACACUUUAAAUCGAAACACCGAAAUGAGAAGAACAAAGCGAAACACACUGCUCGAUAUUACAAAGCUAAAACGAGGAAAAAAGGGGGAGAGAAUGAGGGAGAGAGAGAAAAAAACACAGAAAAAGGAAUAAGAUAAUCAUAAUUUAUGCUUCCCAGCAAGUUUUCAUUACAUAAUGGUUGUGAAAUUGAGAAUAGAAGAAAAUAAAAAUCGUGGAAUAAAAGCAGCAAAAAAAACCGGCAGCAAAAUCUGACAAAAAAGGAGAGAAAAAAAAUUCGCAUGAAGACGAAAAUUCUGCAACAAAAAUUACAACAAAAAAAAACAGCAAACAACAACAACUAAUAUUUGUAAAUAAACGUUAAUAUAUUUAUAGUCCAAAGUGAAAAACAAAC